CAAUACACAAGUUAAUUAAUUCUAAAAAGAAAAAUCGGGAGUGGAAAUUAUCCACUAGGUUGAGACGUGCGAUUCGGUUCUUCGAUGAACAGUGUUCCGCGACUCCCUUCAAUCGGAAAUUCCCCUUGAUUUUCUUAAUCUUUUUGGGCGAUUCAUAAUGCCUUUGAUUCGUCUUCAACAAGAGAAUAAGAUUCAAAGCUCAAUUUAGUGAUUCGUGGCAGGAAUUUGACAGAAACGAAGGUCAACAGUAGCGCAACUAUUGUUCAUCCACGAUGUUGCAGCGCGAGACAUAUACUGGAGGUUCUCCAUUUCAAUUCCUCUUUCUGGUUCCGUUUUUGGGCGAACCCCAAAGGGUUGAUGGCAUAUGCAGUGGUAAACACCAGUCUGCAUGUUUACUCUCCUCUAUUGAAAUUGUGCUGGCCCCAGCUUCUUCCUCAACUGAUGUUAGUGUCACAUUGAACUCUUUUGAUACCAUUGCUACUGAGGACAACUCUUUGGGUUUGCCCAAAAAGAAGCCAAAACAGAUGCACAUGAUAGCCCUAGGGCUCAUUGGAGGGUACAAAACUCCUCGGGGAAGGCCAUCAAAUACACGAGAAGACGAAUGACACUUCACACUUUAAAGAAGCAGCACCAGAUUCAGGUUGACUAAGUAGAAAUUUACAAGCAACCUUUUGGGAGUGAACCAGGAAGAUUGGGGAAGUGGUGAAGAGAUGGAUGAGGGGUUGGAGGUAUAGCCAUUUUUUUUAUCAAUACAGCCCUCAACAAAGCUAAACUUGUUGA